AUGCUCUCGCUGCUCGCGCUCCUGCCCGGGCUUCCGGCGCCUUCAACCGACUCCUGGUUCGAGGCGUACAAGACAUUCGACGAGAUUGUCACCUUUAUGGACAAUACCGACUUCACCUCCAGAAAUGUUGCUGGGCGUUCUCACGAGGGUCGAGAGGUGCUCGUCUAUCAGUACGGCGACCCCACCAAGCCUGGCCUGCUCGUCCUGUGCACCGUGCACGCUCGGGAGUGGAUCUCGGCGAUGGCGUGCCCUUGGGUGGCACAACAGCUCGCAGGAGACGAUACUGCCAUUCUGGAGACGAACGCCGUGUACAUCAUGCCGGUCGUCAACCCGGACGGCUACGCCUUCUCUCACGCGCCGGAAGGAAACCGGUACUUUCGCACCAACCGGCGGCCGGGCAGCUACUUCGGUGUCGACUUGAACCGCAACUUCCCUCGCCACUGGAACAGCUGCAGCCAGUGGCGACGCUGCUCCUCCGGCAACGUGGGCUCCUCCUCGCAGACGUACCGAGGCCCAUCUCCGGGGAGCGAGCCAGAGACGCGCGCCGUCAUGGCCGUUGCAGACGAGAUUGAAGCCACCUCCGGCCUAGUACUCUUUGUCGACGUUCACUCCUACUCCGCAGUCGUGAGCGGUCGAUACGACGAUGCGACGGCCGACAUUUCGCCCAUCUCCGCGCAGCAAAACGUCGCCGGACCAAAGAUUGUGGACGCCAUGAACUCGAUUGAUGGCUAUGGCACCACACACUGCUACCAGUAUUGGACGGCCGCUGACUGGUCCUAUUCGGCGGACGGCGACCAUAUGUUCGAGGAGUACGGCCAGCCGUGGAGCUGGCUGAUUGAGCUGAGGCCGCAGUCGUCCGGACAGGGCGGCUUUACGCUCCCCGCGUCGGAGAUCCUGCCCACCGUCCAAGAGGUGGACGCCUUGAAAGGGUGUACGGGACGGAAGCUUGCGCUCUUCACAUUCCAGGCAGCGCGAGUGCAUGCUCGCCUGGCUGCGCGGCGCGAGCGCGUUUUCGGCGUUCCCACCGCCGCCGCCGUCUUCGCCGUCGCCGUCUCCUUUCUCACGGUCGCCCCCCUCGCGAAGCAUCUCCUCGAGAGCGUCACGGAGAGCCCUCGGCGAUGA